GUUUAUGUAUAUAUGUAAAUACAUUAUUGUUUUGUUAAAUAAAAAGAUAUUUUUUAAAAACAGCAACAAUUUAUGAAAGAACAAUUAAAGUGAGUACUAAUUUAUUUCUAGUAAAGUAUUUAUCAGUGGUUAUAAUUUUUGAUCGUCUGUGAUUCUAUUAUUGAUAUUACUAUGUGCAAUAAAGUUCAGUUAUAAAUAUAAUCUGCUACGUAAUAUAAUAAACGAGUUAUUCAUUAAUACGAUGGAUAAUUAUUUGAAUCUAUAAAUAAAUAAGUGAUAAUAAAAUGUCAAAAGUGUCACGGAUUGUACCAAUUAUUUGGGAAAAUAAUAAUGGAUGUUGUUUGAAAACGUUUAUGAUUAAUAAAAGGUACAGUACUACCACAAAUACUAUAAAUGAUCACAAUGAUCAUGAUAAAAGUAAAUUAAAAAGGCCAAUUGUUACUGAAAAAGACGUAAAUCCUGAUUCUAUUGAUAAUUCAUCGAAUUCGAUUGACAAUGGGGAUGAUUUUGAUGAACCAGCAAAUUGUUGUAUGUCUGGAUGCACAAACUGUGUUUGGUUACAAUAUGCUGAAAAAUUGAGUGAAAAGUUGACAAACAGCAGUGGUGAUGUACAAAAAAUUAUCAUGGAUAAAGUUACGGAUUCAAAUAUGCGGGCUUUUUUGUCCAUGGAAUUGAGAUUACGUAAUAUUAAAUAGAAAUAAACUAUUGUGAAACAAUUAUUUUUGAAUUGUUUUAAAAUUUUGUUAAUUUUGUUAUAAGAACUGUAUAAAUAAUUGUUAGAGUGAUGAAAAUUUUAGAUGUA